CGUGUUUUACACAUUUAAAGAUGUCAGCGCCCAUCUAGAGCUGCAUAUAAUUUUAGUUUUCUAGAUUUAUUUAACAGGUUGACAAAAUGGAGCGGAAAAAGAAAGGUGAAAAACCAAAGUUGUCAUUGAGGAAAAAGAACUCGGACAAGCUAUCUACAGUGGCCACUACAAAAUCAACACAUGUACUGAAUACAUUGCCCAAGGAAGAAGAUUUGAAUGAAUCGAGCGAGUUUGCCGCACAACCCAAGUUUGCACAGAUGCAUAGCAAACCUGUGGAAAUUAUCAACAUUGAAGAGGAGACAGAUACUGGAGAGAAGAUAAGUUGUCAGGUGUGCCAUAAAGACCUGACCUGUAUGAACUCACAGAGGAGAAUGCAGCAUGUCAACAAGUGUAUUGAUCGCCAAGAGGCAUCUGAGCAGGCAGAGAAAGAGGGGAAGCAACUCCUAGAGCAGGCCCAGACUGCCAUACUUGACUGCCCAAUGUGUGGACGGGCUUGCAAGACACAACAGAGUCGGAAGAGUCACUUAAAGCGUUGCAGUGUGAGUCUGGGUGUGUCGACCGAACAGAUGUUAAAACUCGUCCGCGAUCAGGAAACAGAGCGUGAGAACUUACUGGCUGCAGGGGUGAUGCCAGCAAAUAUCAGGUCAAAAAUAUCAAAGGCUGCUGGCCCAAAGAAAAAAGCUAUAAAAGAACCUAAAAGCCAAUUUGAAGAAGAUGUACAGGUUGCCAUGGCAAUAUCAACGUCCCUCUCGGACCCUCAAACUGUGGAGGCGCCAAGGAGGGGUAGAGGAGGAAAAGGGAAAGGCAAAAAGAGUAAAGAUGACAUGUAUCUGUUGCUGACAGCCUCCGAAGAGUACCGCCAGUCACGGAUACAACAGAAGGUCAGCGGCAUUCUUACGCUGCAGCCUUUCCCUAUGGAGAACCAGAACACAAAGUACCUAAACCCUUCCAAUCUCCACCACCCAAGGGUUGGGCCAGACGAUUGCCUGUGGGAAAGGGACAAUAUAUCCUCUCCCCACCAGAGUGAGAACCAGUUCUAUGUGGCAGCCAUUAUGCCACCAAUCACUGCGAGGUCAGGGUGCGGUGGGCGGAUACCCAGGCACAUUUCUAUACCAGGGAGGGAGGCCUCUUUUGUCACCAAGGAUACACAGAUGACGGCUGAGAUAUCCCAGGAGGAGAGUAUGACAGCCUCCACACAGACAGCUGUGAUCCUUGCUGAGCUGGCUGGUGACUUCACACAGAAUGAUGCCUCCCUCGGAGGUGGAGACACAAGGGUGGUGGGUACACCUGUGGGUCACAUCAGCCUGUCUGAGGGGGGUAAAGAUGGCCUGGAAGACGUGGGUUGUUGUGACCUCUCCCAGGCUAGUGGCUUCUGUAUGGAAAACAUGGGCCUUAAGGAAGAAGACCAACGGGAUCUGCAGAGGCAUGUCUGUUCUGACAUCGGUAGGCUUUUCAACAACAAGGAGUUCAGUGAUGUCCGGCUCACUUCUUCGGAAGGGCUGACUGUACAUGCACAUAGAGCUAUCCUAGGUGCUCGCUGCAGGCCUCUGAUUCUAAAGGAAGAAAAUUCUGUGAUAAAUCUCAAGGUGUCAUCAGGUGUUUUGGUUUCUCUUCUGAAAUUCCUCUACUCAGGAGAAGUUACCAUAGCCCCACAUCUUAAGGAAGAGUUGGAAGAUAUUUCAGUGGAACUCAAUCUACCUCAGUUAACUGAAGCUUGUAAAGGGCUUGUGUUACAAACAGAAACCUCAGGGAAUGAUGUUGAUCUCAGGAAUGUGGAAGAAGAAAAUGUAGGUGGAAAUUUAGGUACUGGUAUCUCAAAUAUUGACUUAAAAGCAAUCUGGGGAGAAUCAGAAAGUGAUGAGGAUGAUGACAAUGAAACUGUUGAAAAUGGUUUGGUUGUGAAGAGCCAUAUCAAUAAGGAUACCAGUGGACAAAGCAGCGUUGAAUCUGAAUCUGACUUUGAUAGGGAAGAUUAUCGCGAUAUUGUUUGUACACAGUUUAAGAAAGUGGUGCGGAUGGCCAAAGAGUGCGAUGCAACAAGGGAAGAUGACACUGAUGAUGUUGAAACAGAUUUCCCUAAAGAAACUAGUCAGUCAGAAGAUGAUAGAAUGAGUGAAAGAUGUACUGAAUCUGUUGGUGAAAAUCAUGACGAAAUAGCAAUUGGUUAUAACAGCAGUAUGGGUAGUGCAGAGGAUGAACCAGAAGUAGCUUCAAAAGCUGAAAAUAAAGAAACACAUGCACAAGGAGAUUCCGUAGGUUGUAAAAGAAAAAGUGACGAACAGUAUGAUGGAGCAAAGAGAAUGAAAAUUGAUACUUGCAUAAAUGAGAACAGAGAUUGUGACUCACCAGUUUCUAAAGAAGUUGGAACACCAUUAAUUAUGAAUGAGUCUUGUAAUAGAUCUAGUGUUGAUUUGUUUUGUAGCCCAACUCCAAAGAAAUCGUCAGUCAGUCCACAGAAAAAUGGCUAUUCCUGGUGUGCCCGUUCCACAAUAGCAUCUGGAAAUGAUGACACACAUAGUUCUUUACAUUUCUCAACGCCUGUUGAUGAUGGACCAAAUUUUCCGAAAUGGAAAAGUAGAAUUAGCACCAUUCCAACCGACAUAUCUCCUCAGUCUAAUUAUGAUGAUAGAAAUAUGGAAAAUCUGAAUACAACGAUUGAUGAAUUAAUGGUUGGAAAAAAUGAUGAAAUGGUGUCAAAAUCCAGUGAAAAAAAAUCAAAUGCGAUGGAUGUAGAUAAUAAAUCAGAUUCAGGUACAUCAGAUGAUAUUGAGAUCACUGGGGAUAAUUUUGAUGAUUUAGAAGAAAGCAGCCAACAAGUCUCCCCUAGAUUUAAUUCUAGAGUUAGUCAACUCAAUAGUAAUUCAGAACAUCGAAAUUCUGAUUCAUUGAGAAAUCAUUUAAAGAAUGAAGGGUUAAAAACAACAUCCUUAACUGAUGAAAGUUCUCCUAAUGGCAAAAAUCCCUUCAGCAAAGACAGUAGGGUUGGAAGCAAAGGAGGUUCUCAAAAUAGUACAAGAAAAGUGCAUGAUUUGUCAGACUCAUACAUGGACACUGAGGAUUGUGAAGAUGAAUCAAACAAAAGCUUUGAAUCUCAAAACAGCGAUAUUAGGCUACUGACAACAGACAAGCAUUCCAUUGAAGUAGGAGCUGAUGAAGUACAAGAUGUUGCAGAAGUUGGUGAAGUACUGACAACCAACAAUCAUUCCAGUGAAGAAGAUGUUGAUGAAAUACAUGAUGUAGCAGAAGUUGGUGAAGAUAUGUUUCAGGAUGAAGUGGCUAAUAUUGAUGUAUGGGACGAUUUUGAUGAUUGUGGUGCCGGGUAUGAGCCUCCUGCCAGUCCUCUGCCUUCUUGCUCCCAAGCUAUGUCCAAUAAUUUGGAUCUGCAGACUGAGACAGUGGACCUUACUGGUGUGGAGGAGUCGGAUACAGAAGCCCUGCUGGACGGGGAUGACAGCUUUGUGUUUAAGAUUGACAAUGAAGUGGGGAGAGAGGAGAAGGCAGCCAACUCUGAUCCUGCAAAUGUUGAGAACAAGAAGAUGAGCCCUUUCAAGACUCCAUCAACCAAUCAGAUCGCAGACAAGAGGCGGGGCAAGGAUUGGGUGCCGCCCUCCCCCUUUACACCCAUGCCUCAAUAUGACACCAUGGCCACACCCGUGCUCAAAAAGGCGGUACAGAAGUAUGGGGUGAAGCCAGUGGGAAAAAAGAGGAUGAUUGGCCUGCUGGUGGACAUCUACCAAAAGACUCACCAGUACGAGACUGACAGUGAGUGUGAAGAUGUAGAGGAGGCCACAGAUGACAGUAAACCAGGACAGAUUGUCAGCGAGGACGAAGAACUCUCUUCCAGCCAACUCAGUCAGUGUUCUCAGGAUUCUGAUAGUAGUACCAGGGAGUUGUUGGAGGAAAGCUGCCUUGUCAGGAUGAGCAGUGAUAGUGAGACUGAGACUGUAGCAUCGAAAUCAGCUGAAGUGGGCAAGAAAUUGUUGGAUUUCAUUCUCUCCAAGAAAGCCCUACAUCAAAGGGUUCUUAUGUAUGAGCCCCUGGAGCUGGAUAUACUCAAACAGGAGGUGAAGGAUGCCGGGAUCCGCUGUUCCAUGGACUCUCUCAUGGCCUUCCUUGAUGAACGGUGUAUAGCAUUCACAAGCAAGAACACGAGAAAGCGGGCACCAGCAAAGGGUGGGCGUGGAAGAAAAGCUGUGAAGAAACCUGCUAAACAGUCAUCAGUUUAGACAUUAAUCAAUAGCCCAGACUUAAAUUCUGAGAUCUUGUGAUACUGGUAUUUAAUAUUGGUCUUAAUUGGAUAUAAGAACGUUGCAGCUAAUAGGAUUAUUUGUUAUUAAUAACUGUCCAAUGGAGUGAAUGAAGUCAAUGAUGUAUGAUCCUAAGAUUAAAUAUUAAAUACCACCCCAUAUUAUAGAUAAAUGUGCAAUUGUCUCAUCAGUGAUAAGUUAUACUAAUGCAUGUUUUUGAAAUAUAACAAAAAAACAUCAUGUUCACUCAGAAUGGUUAAGCUGUUCACCUUUUUGUUUUCUUUCAUUUUACUUUGUUUUCACCUUUAUUGCUUGACCCUAUAAAUUGUAAUAUUGUACGAGGGAUGUCCGGAAAGUUUUGAGACUGUGGUCAUAAAAAAACAUACAACUCAUAGGAUGCAUUUUAAAUUUUAGCAGCUGACAAUUUUAUCUAAUACAAACAAAUCCUGAAAGUUUCAACAAUAUACUACGAAGUAAACGUACACAACAAACAUUACAAAAAGUACAGGUCACAAGUCACGGAGCACUUCCUUGUCUCAUUGCGUCAGGUCAUUUUUUUUUCAAAAUACCCUCUUUUUCCAAGUACACACUUACGGUGGCGUUCAACCCAUUGCUUAAAUAUAUUUCCGUACCACUCUUCCAUGAUAUUAUGAACAACUGUCAUUUUAACUGAACAGAGUCACCGAUUUCCCUCACUGUCCUCUGCCGGUCUUCUUGUAACCUGUCCCGCACUGAAUUUACGCCAUUUUCACUCACGACUGACGGUCUGCCGCUUUUAAUCACACACAUGUUCAUGCCCGUCACUAAAAACGUCCAUGUCAGCGAAAUACCAAAGCCCUUGAACAUUUUGUCUUUGAGUUAUCCAUUGUUAGAAACGUAUAAGUAUUUGUAGGAGCUAUCCCGCUGCGACACCGUGUUUGAUCAUAGCGCGCUGCUCCGUGCGUGACGUCAACGUUGCAGUUUUUUUCGUACAUCUUCGAAAUACCUCUCUACUUCAGUUGAUCGUUACAAACUUGUCUACACUUAGAUGGCUUUAAUAAAUUGCGAGGUGAUGCAGCUGACGUCAUACUGUCAUACUGUGACGUUUUGGCAUCUAUUAUUAAGAAGGAGUAGUAUAUAUGAAUUGUGAACACUUUUCAGAAAGAGUAAAAUUCAAAGUGCUCCGUGAAGCGCUAGAUGGGUUGUCUUGACAACCAUUUUCUUCCUUAUUAUGAGAUUAUAUAAUUUAAUUUUCCAAAAAAGUGAAUAGUCUAUAUACACAGCUGCUUAUUGUUUGCUGAUUUAUAUUAAAAACGUUUUGAAAUAUAGACACAGUCUUAAAACUUUCCGGACAACCCUCGUAUAUACACUGUUAGCCAGUUGAAGCAGAUUUUGAUGAGUGUUUAAGUUUUAUUACAAAUCUGAUAACUAUUUAUUAUGAAAUAGAUUUCUUGUGCAAUAUCAUGUGAAUUCCUGCAAAUAAACGUGCAUAAAAACU